AAAGAUGAUACUUAACCCUGAUGAGUUUUACACGGCGAUCGCGCCGAAUUAUUGGGUAUCGAAGGUGUUUGGUUUACUUCAUCUUUCCUUCACCGAGAAAACUCCACAGCGCAAACUUGUUGUCACCCCAUUCAAAAGUUUGAUCGGUUUGUGUAUUCUACGCACCGUUAUUUUUCUGGCGAUAACUGGUUACAUCUAUCUCGAAUUGGAAGUGUUGGAAUUUCCCGAGAACAUGACCGGCGUGGCGGUACAAAUCGAAUUGUAUCUUGGAGUCAUGUUAACUAUAAUUGAAUUUAUCCUGGCGGUAAUACUACGCAAGUCAGACCUUAAAAUAAUUGAUAUGUUUAUCGCUCUUGACAAAUCAAUGUCUGCCCGUGGUAUUUGUAUAAGUUACAAAGGUAUACGCAGAAUUGCCUAUUACCAAGUGCUUGCAGUUGUGGUUAUGUUUCUAGUGAGUUCAGUCUUGCAAGUUUUGCGCGAUAGUCAGGCACUAUUAGUUAUUAAUGCUGGAAUUAACAUUGUUAACGCGGUUAAUUUUUUCAUGGUAUAUCAGUAUAUUAACGUUUUGCUAUUGCUGAAGCAAAGAUUUGUAUGGUUAAACAACGCAAUAGAAAAUAUAGGUACCAAACAUAAUGCCGAUGAGGAAGUUCCAACUUUGCAACUUACAUAUGUGAAUGAAAAUAACAAGAGCAAUUCAUUAUCAUUGAGUCCUUACGUAAGCAAGAAGUACAUGAAGAUUCAUGAUUUGAGGAAUACGAUUAGGAAUUACGGAAAGAUUUACAACCUUCUGAGCGAUUUGGCGAGUUUGAUUAACGAUUCAUUUGGAUUUUACAUUUUGAUUUGUAUCUUGACGAGAUUUAUCAUGAUUUGCACGGAAUUGAUUUAUUUCUACAAGCUAUUUCAAAAUCCAAACGAUGGUGAUGGUCUGGCUUAUAUAUCCAUUGUUCUUAAUAUUUUAAUGCACGCUUUUAAGCUGUUGGCGACUGUUUCAGCCGCAGGAGCUGCAUCAGCAGCUGCAAAUGCCACAGGAUCUUCUUUACAUACAUUGUGGGAUAUUGGACCAGAGAUCAAAGAAGAGGUCCAGUUCUUUUCAUUGCAAGUAACUCAUCAUACAACCCAGUACACAGCGAUGGGAUUCUUAAAUGUGGAUUGUCCUUUGAUGGCUUCGAUUUUAGGAUCAAUCACUACUUAUCUGAUUAUUGUAAUACAAUUUGAUUUGACUUCAAUAGCUAGUGAAAAGCCAUGUGUUUUUCAAUAAUCUUUUGCGAAGAGUGAAAUAUGUGUUUAGAAAACAAAACUCGGCUU